UGCUCAUCCACUCGAAGAUACAGCGAUGAGACCGCCAAGGGGCCGAGGUGGGGGUGGAUUCAGGGGACGAAGUGAUGGAGGACGGGGAAGAGGAAGAGGAGGCGGUGGAAGAGGUGGAGAUGGCGGUGGAAGAGGCCGUGGUGGUGGGAGAGGCCGUGGCGGCGGGCGCGGCGGUGGCCGUGGCGGUCGUGGUGGUGGAAUGAAAGGGGGUAGUAGGGUGGUUGUCGAGCCCCACAGACACGAAGGAGUGUUCAUUGCCAAGGGGAAAGAAGAUGCUCUCGUCACUAAAAACAUGGUUCCUGGGGAAGCAGUCUACAAUGAGAAGAGGAUUUCUGUGCAGAACGAAGAUGGAACAAAAGUUGAAUAUAGGAUUUGGAACCCCUUCCGCUCGAAGCUGGCUGCUGCCAUUCUUGGUGGUGUCGAUAAUAUCUGGAUUGUUCCUGGAGCUCGUGUUCUCUACCUUGGAGCUGCUUCAGGGACCACAGUUUCUCAUGUGUCUGAUAUCGUUGGACCUACUGGGGUGGUCUAUGCGGUGGAAUUUUCGCAUAGAAGUGGGAGGGACUUAGUUAACAUGGCUAAGAAGCGCACAAACGUUAUACCCAUCAUUGAAGAUGCUAGACAUCCUGCAAAGUACCGUAUGUUGGUAGGCAUGGUAGAUGUGAUAUUCUCUGAUGUUGCUCAACCUGAUCAGGCAAGGAUUUUGUCUCUGAAUGCUUCAUAUUUCCUGAAAAAUGGAGGACAUUUUAUUAUAUCAAUUAAGGCAAACUGCAUAGAUUCUACUGUUCCUGCUGAAGCGGUGUUUGCUCAAGAAGUGAAGAAACUGCAGGAGAAUCAGUUCAAACCAUCUGAGCAGGUUACACUUGAGCCAUUCGAGCGAGAUCAUGCAUGUGUGGUUGGUGGAUACCGAAUGCCUAAGAAACAGAAAGUUGCAUCAUAGAAUUCAGACUGGUGACCACUUGUAAUUUUGGUAGAGUAUUUUCCUUUGCCAUAUUUUGACUGGUUGUAGGAUCUAAUUAUGGUUUGAAUCAGGAGUAUUUAAAAUUGGAAUGUCAGAGAGUCAUAAUUGAAGAAACUGUGUUUUUACUUGUUGA